AUGAAAUUUGAUAAACUUCAUUCUCAUAAUUCAACUCCAAAAACAGUGGAAUUCGCCUCGACAACCAAAUCAACAUUCGUGCCUCCACCUCUGGGAUUAGAUAUUGUCACUAUGCCUAAUAAUAAAAUUUUUGACCUCUUCCUAAAGGGAUCAAUUAGUGCUAAAUAAAUGUUAAAAAUGGAUCAUAAUGAUAUUGAUAAUGUUCCAAGAAUUGCACCCAGGCGAUAAUAAACAAGACAUAAAUCAAUUAAAAAAAAUUAAGCAGAUCAAAUAUUUAGUUUAGUUGAAAGAUUUUAACAACAAAGAAAAUAAUCAGUUAUAAUUGCAUAGAAUCCAAAACCCUCGCAUCCACCUAAAUUAUAACGGAAAGAAACCUUAAUGUAAUUGACAUCCAGCACUAAAGAACUCAUUUAACCAAUAUAGCAAUCAAGAUUCAGAGCACCAGUUAGAAAAUUUUCAUAAAGGAGCACAUCUAGUGGUAAGGAAGAAUAAUUAAUAAAACGAUGCGAAAAAUUAAGUGGGGAACGCUUGAAUGUAGAAGAAAAAGAAUUAUUACUAAAAAAAGAUAUAACAGAUGAAGAUGCAUGGAGAAUGAUGAACGUGUUUCAAAAGAAAAAAUGGUUUUUUGAUUAUGUACACAGAAAUCUAGAUCAGUAGUCGAAAUAGCAAUAAAGCUAAUAAGAAAUCAAAGUGCAAGCUCAACCGAUUUCGUUAUUCUAAAAAUUAAGAAACACAGUGCUCAAGCAAACAGAAGUCAAAAGAAAACCUGAGAAGCAGUGCUAAGAGUACUACAAUCACAUUUAAAAUAUCGAAGAUUAAAUUAAAUACCAUGUUUUUAAUAGAGAUUUGCCUGAACAAAUUAGAAAUCAGUAAAAACCGAGUGUGAAAAUGUAUAGAUCUGAAUCUGAAGUUUCCAAAUUGAACAUCAGAAAUAAGUUCAUAGAGGCAGCUGAUAAAUUUAGCAUUAAUUAAUCCAACCCUUAAGUAUUAAAGGAUUUUUUUGAAAAUGGAAGUCAAACUUGUAGAUCCUAACCUAGAAUCUCAAAAACUAAAUUAACUUCCAGAAAAGUUCAAAGACCUCAAUUAUCAAGGGAAAACGAUAUCUCUCAUGAAAGCUAAGGAGAUUCUUAUAAGAGCAUCACUGAAUUCAGACUCAAUGAGUUGUAUCAUGAAAGUAAAUUACGAUAAAAAUAAUAUAAAUCAAAAUAUGACACUCCUAUUAUUGAUAAUGGGGAUUAACUAUAGAGGAAAGUGAAAAAUUUAGUUAGAUUAGGUAAUUUGUAGAAUACCAUUUUAAAUGUAGUUUCAUUUAAACUGUAAUAAUGA